AUGGCGCUACCGGAUCGUCAAUGGCUCCUCCUCCUCGUCGCCAUGAUGGCGUUCUGUGCGGGCGGCGCCUCCAAGGACAUCACCGGGGGAUACUUUCAAUACGACUGCCCCGCGAGCACAGGGCGGUCCACCACCAGAGGCACCGCGUUCGGUGACAACCUGAGGUCGCUCCUCGCCGCCCUCCCGUCAGCGGCCGCGCCGACGGGCUUCGCCUCCCUCCGGUCCGGUCGCGGCCGCGCGUUGGCCACGGCCCGAGGACUAUGCUUCGGUGACUCGCCGCCGCCGGAGUCCUGCCGCGACUGCCUGUCCCAGUCCGCCGGGAUGGUCCUCGACGCCUGCGACGGCAACCGGAGCGCCGCCGUGUGGACCGACGGGUGCUUCCUGGCCUACACCGACGGCAACGCCUCAGCCUCAGCGACCAACGACAUCUUCACCGGCGCAGCCCCUUCGUCCAACGACGUCUCCUGCGACGCGGAGGAGGUCGUCCGCCUGGCCCGGUCCCUGGUGGCCCGCGCCGCUCACGGCAGCUCCGGCCGGAUGCUGGCCACAGCGUACACAACCUGCCAGGCGAACGGCGACACGGUGCACGCGCUGGCCCAAUGCCCGAGGGACGUCGCUCCGGCGGACUGCGCCCUCUGCCUGGACAAGUCGGCGCGGAGCUUGCCGGACAGCCUCCAAUGGUCCCGAGGCAUUCCAGUAGGCGCGUCGUCGCUGCAACGCUACAACUGCACCAUGCGGUUCCAGAGAUCCCCUCCGGCGCCACCCAUCGGAAGAGGAGCAAGGAUCCGGAAGAAACUAAAAGAUAACAUUGCCAUCGUGAUAGUGGGUGCCGUCGCAAUCGUGGCCAUGAUCGGUUUGCAACUUUUCUACUAG